AUGGACAAGCAUGUUUUACACACUUCGGAACCAACUAUUUCGUUAGAGGACUUGCUAGAGGGAUAUACUCAAGAGGAAAGAAGAAAAUUUGUUAACCGCACAUGUGUUUUCAAAAACAGUCUGUUCUGGCAAGGCUACCCAGCCGAAAUGAUUAAGCACGAAGAUGGUUUUUAUUUUCUUCUCCGUAAGGAGGCAAUAGAUCUCAUGGAAUACAUUGACCAAGUGGAAACAGACAGUCCUAGAAUAUCCGAUCUUGGAAAGGCUCUCUUUGGUUCUCCUGGUACUGGAAAAUCUUCAUUACUUUUUUUCAUUUCCAAUUAUUGCCACAAAAAAGGAUGGGUUGUCUUGUAUUGGCUGUUUGGUUCUAAUUCAAUAUCAGAAAGAUAUGUUUCACAUUUCUUGAAAGAUAAUCCAACCUACACUUUCAACCCUUCCUCGAGCAGAAUUGCUCAAAUUCAAGAGCUUCUCAAAACACUCUAUUCGCAACAUGAAUCAAGAGUUCUUGUUGCUAUAGAUCAAUGGAAUGUCUUUUUAACAAACUUGAGAACUCAAAAGAAUACAAUGCUGCUGGAAUAUUUCAACACAUUUCAGACAAGUGGUGAUUUAACAAACGGUGUCUUUAUUGGUGCUCUGUCCUCUCAAUCAUUUUUUGGAUUGCCACUCGAUGUUUUUCCUGAUGCCUCAAAACAGUCAUCUGGAAUUGUAAUCUCACCAUACACCUCCAACGAGUUCAAGGCUCACAUGGAUUUGGCAAUUCAUUGUAAAAUGAUAAAAUCACCUCCCUCACUGGAACAACUUGCUGAUUAUCAAUUCGAAACUGGAGGGAUUCCAAGACUACUUUUAUGGAUGCUUUCGUCAAAAGAGAAUUUCAAUAAUAAGGUUAAAGAUUAUUAUAUUCAGAGAAUGAAGAAAUUUAUUGAACGGUAUGAAUUAACUUCCCCAAAUAAUUCGAAAGCAAGGAAUUUUUCUUUCCAAGAUAUUUCAGUUAGUGUAUACUUGAACAAGAGCAUCAUUUGCUCUGCAACCUCAAUAACACCAUGGUUAGAGUCAGGCCUUUUGGUCAAGAUGUCAAACCCUGAAGAGGAUACUGAAUUGGAUAGCUUUGAUGCACCUUGCCCCAUAGCAAGAAGUGCCAUCUAUGCGUGCUUAACAUGUGUUCAGGAUUGUACUUCCUUGAUACAGUUUCUUAUCACAGACAAACAAACCAAACGAAGAGCUUUGGAGUUGCUUUUUUUAAAACCUUUCACCAAUGCAACUCAUAGCUCACCUGUGUCAAUGCUCCUUAAGAGUAUAGACGGCGUUAGUUGUGACAUUGAGGUUACGAAGAUUGUACAUCAACAACGCCCACAUAGAGGGGUCUAUCAACUCCAAAAGAUUACCCGAGGAACACUUAUGAUUUGUCAUGACGAUCAUCAGUUAAUAGAUUUCUAUGCAUACAACUUGGAUGGUUCGCAUGUUUUCAUUCAUGUUUCUCACAUGUCUUAUACUCAAUACUGUAAUGGAGACAAACAAAAUUUGAGACUGCUUUGGGAAGAUAUCGUAAAGAAAAAACGAAAGAAGCAUGAAGUCAAUGCAGAGGAUGAACGUCCACCAAUAACCCACUCUAAUCGAAUGAAAAUGGAAAAUGGUGAAGUGACAGUGUGUGACUUCUAUCGUUUGUGCUCUGGAUGCAAGAAAACUGCUAAAUUAACGAAAAAAGAUAGAAUUGUUUAUCUCACAACAUCUGAUGUUGCACCAAGCAAAAAGCUGGACCGUCAUGUUAUAAUUUGUAACUUUGAACAAAAUGCAUCAAAAUUCUCUGUUGCACCGGAAUUUAUUAGAAAUGCAAAUAGUGAUGACGACGAAAUGUCAGGUAAUUUGGAAUCAGGGGAAUCACAAGCUCAGGAAGAGAUAGAUUCAACUGAACCUUUUAUGGCAAACAAGACACCAAAAAAUAGGUAA